AUGGAAAUUGCGUGGCGCCGAACCACUGUAAGUGCUAUGAAGGAUGGUAUGGAGAUGACUGUUCGACGCCGUCGUGUGAACUUCUAUCAAACUGUAGUGCACAUGGUCAAUGUGUAUCACUCAACGAAUGCUUAUGUGAUCCACUCUAUCAAGGUGAUCUGCUCGAUUCCAUCUCUAUUCCGCGCUACAAAUUUGAAUUGCUCACAUCCACUACCACCUUUAGUUUGCCAUUAA